UUUCACAAGGGGGAGGCCUUACCUCACGCGCAGCAGGCGAUGACAUACGUGGAGUUGCCCCGAGCCGCGCGCCCACAGGCACGUUACAAGUCUAACGUGCACCUGCAGGCAGAACAAUUUUCUACGAUGAGAUAAAAUGUUAUUAGACUAAACUGCAGUCCAUUCAGGCAAAAAUAGGCUAGAUGGAGUUGGUUUUAGACGGCACUUUGCUUCCUCGCCACAGAUUUCUGCUACGAGAGUGCGAGUUUCUCUUUUCUCAUUGAGGAAGGACUUUAUUUCAAGCUGACGCUCGUUCGCAGGCUCGCGCAGGAGUAGCUCGUGUUUUCCGGAGCUGCACGUGAACAUCGCUCUGAGACAUGAUGAAGGCGCAGAAGGACGCAGAGGAGAUCACCAGAAUACUAGCGGAGGCUCCCUCUGCGCGGAAAGCUCUUUUGGACAAUUAUGACAAUUUGUCCAAUGUGGCGAAAUAUUGUGAGGACAACUAUUUUCAGGCAGGCAGUGAUUCCAGCAAAGCUCUCGAGGAGACCAAGGCCUUCACCACCCAGUCUCUGGCUAGCGUGGCCUACCAGAUCAGCUCUCUCGCUACCAAUGUUCUCCGACUGCUGGAAGCCCAGACCUCGCAGCUUCGCCGCAUCGAAUCUUCCGUGCACCUCAUUGGACUGACAGUGGACAUGCAUCGGGAGAAGGUGGCUCGUCGAGAGAUCGGCGUUUUUACCAUGACCAAGCGCUGCUCCAGGAGCAACAAGGUCAUCCCACCCCCUGGGGGCAAAGAGCCCAAACCCAAAUACACACGCAACCCCAUCUCAUACUCCAGCCUGGACUCUCUGGGUCACAGCAUGAAGGAUGCCAAGCCACAGGAGAGGAAGGCGACCAUGAUGCGUAAGCAGGGCGGGACAUUGGGGAGGAACAGCCGUCCUGCGGAGCCGGUCCAGUGUCCCGUAGCACCUUCUCUGUCCCGCGGCGCGUCUCAAACCUCCCUCAGUGAUAAAAUGACUACAUCCAGCUUUGGGAAAGCUGUGUCACCACCUGUUGUCCCCAAUUGGCCCACAAGCCCUGACACCGACAUUGUUAGCACACUGCUGGAGAAUGGAUCACCGGCCCCGCCCCUGCUGGGGAAUGGGCCACCGGCCCCGGCCAUGCUGGACGAGGUGGGGCCAGAGCCCAAGCUCAAUAUCCCUCCAGCACCUCCACCACACUUUGCCCCCUGCGACCUCCUCCCACCUCCACCCAUGCCCCCUGCAGAGGAGAACUUUGAAGCCAGCGACCUGGGCAGCAUAGCCCCGCCUCCGCCUGCUCCACUGCUGGAGACAGUGCCAGAGGAGAACAGCUUGCCACUUCCGGAGUGCCUCCCUCCACCCAUCAUCGAUGUGCUGCAGAUUCCCACCCCUCCUCCCCACUUUGCUGAGGAGCACGGAGAUGCUCGCCGCUCUCGUCGUUCGCGGGCACGACAGCCCCCGCCCAGCAGCCGCUCCAUGUCUCUGAGGGUCCGUGCGGGCCCCAGUACCCGCUCCCUCUACUCCCGUUCACUCCUCCUCCCCCAGGCCCAGUCACUCAUGAUCCCCCCACCCCCUCCAUACCCCCCUCCUCUGGCUCCACCCACUUCACUGAGUCCACGUUGUUGGAUUCCCACCCGCCUACAGCAUCUUGACUUGGAGAUUCCAGCUCUUUCACCACCUCCAUUCAUGGACUGCUUGGAUGGCUUUGAGGACUUGCCCCCUCUGCCUCCCCCCGUGGACUAUGACACCUCCACCCCUGCUGAGUACCUUGAGGAAGUGGUGGCACUAUACAGCUAUGACACUGGCAAGCCUGGCGACUUGGCCUUCCAGGUGGGGGAUGUGAUCUACCUGACCAGGAGGAAUGAGGAUGGCUGGUGUGAGGGCGUCCUAAACGGGCUCGCAGGAUUCUUCCCGGGAAACUAUGUGGAGCGUACCAGCUAACUCACCAGUCUCCCUGAGUGGGGCGACUGCCUGAAGAAACAACACAGACGCACCGCUCACAGGCCAAACGAAACCUCAGCGCGCUGGGCUUCUUCCUUUUAAUAGCAGAAUGUUGUACUGUUCAGAGAGCACCCUGCUAAAGUGGAAAAGUGCUUGGUUUGAAUCACAGUGUGGUGUGAUAGGAAUCUUUUUUAUUGCUGUUUUGGCACUGUAAUGACUCCCCAGGAAUAUUGUGAUUUCCUAUGUUUUUUACUUAGCACUUAGCUUAAAUAUUUAUUUAUAGCAAAUUAAGUAACUAAAAGGGGAUUCUACACUGAUCAAAAGUCUGCCUUAGUUUCCAUGCGGGUCAUGUGGCCCUACUUAAAUCACAUGGGUGUUCUACUGAUUUCUUAAAGCAAUAUCCUUAAUUAAUAUGAUUGGAGUGGUAUGUUACUUAAUUUCAAAAAUAUAAACAGUUACACAGUCAAUGGAUGAUUGAUUUAUUAACUUAUGUUGUGCUGUGUAGUGCUGAAGCGUUUUUAAAAGUCUUUUUCAGAAUAUUUAAUAUAAAUCUGCAUUUGUAACUCUGAGCUAUGUCAGUGAGAUCUGUGUUAAUCAGUGAGAACAUGAAAUUUUCAAUAUUUAUUUUAGUCUAGUUCAUGCUUUCUUUCCUGUUCACAUAACUGGGAAAUGUAGACAGGACUACAUCUAAAUCUCUGUUUCCAUGGCUGUUCUGGUCUCCUCUUGGUGCAUGAAGUGUCUCAGUCUGGCUUCAGGCUUUGGAACAUAACUGCGACUCUGGGAAGUUCUCUUCAACCGCCACUGUCUCCAGAAUGGGCUGACAUGUUCAAACAAAUGUCUUUAAUUAAAGCUUGCUGUGCGCGUAUGAUAAUAGACUACAUUAAAGCCUUUAUCCUGACAUUACCCUAGACAUCGAUGUUACAAAUAAUAUGUAUGCAUGCUGGUAAUGGCAGCGAGAGAAUAUGAAAUAAACGGGUGAAUUUCAAAGCCGUGAAGGACAGCGGGGUCUCUUUGGUGAGCUCAUGGUAGGCGUUGAGGUGAAUGGUGGGCCAACCGCUCAGCCUAGGAAACACUGUGUGUGCUGUGUCUUUAAGCAAGGCGGCGUGGUCAUAAACACCUGCGUGUGGACUAUCAGCCUGACUGGUCACCCUGCCCCAGAUAAGACCUGUUCCCACUGUUACUCCACGACUGAGCUAAUUACCUGUGGCCCAGGGUAAGACGCCUGAGUGUUCCUGCUUGGGCCCUCCUUCAGCAACAUGAUUCAAAGUGACCUGUUUACUGUAUUUCAGAUCUUCAUGCCCAUUGUGGCCUUUGCCAUCAUCAUCAUCUGCUGCACAUCCGUAUGUAAAGCCGUCCACAGGGCUCGGCAGGAGAGGGCAGUGCAGGGCCAGGCCCUGCACCCCCCGUCUGUCUAUGUCCUCCCACUCUCAUUGGCUA